ACAGGGUGCGCUGUUGAGGCGGAAGUUCAAUGUACACCCUAAUGUUCAUUUUGGUCAAACCACUACUGACCGAAAACUUUCCUCGACGCAUUGUGGACACUGUGGGCUAGAAGUCGGCACAAUGGCUGAAGACAAGAGUGCGUCUGCAAAAGGCUUCGUUGAUAGCGCCAUUCACCUGGAUGUAAAGGACUAUUAUGGCAAGGUGCUGAAGAACUCCUCAGACCUGAGGACCAACGCCUGUGUGGCUCCAAGACAGCCCAUCCCUGCCUUCAUCCGCCAGGCUCUGGAGAAAGUGCACCCUGAAGUCACCGACAGGUACUAUGGCUGUGGUCUGGUGGUGCCAGAGUGCUUGGAAGGCUGCAGGAUACUGGACUUGGGCAGUGGAAGUGGGAGAGACUGCUACAUGCUGAGUCAGCUAGUGGGCGAGAAGGGCCAUGUCACUGGCAUUGAUAUGACUGAGGACCAGCUUGAAGUGGCCAAGACAUAUGUGGACUAUCACAUGAAAGAGUUUGGCUACAAGAAGACCAAUGUCAGUUUUGUCCAGGGCUACAUUGAGGCCCUAACAGAUGCGGGUUUGGAAAAGAACUCAUUUGACAUCAUUAUUUCCAACUGUGUGGUAAAUCUAUCUCCAGACAAGAAGCGAGUACUGGCCGAAGCUUACAGUGUCCUCAAGGAUGGUGGUGAACUGUACUUCAGUGAUGUCUACAGCAGUGGAAGACUAACAGAGGAAAUUAAAAAUCACACAGUCCUGUGGGGUGAGUGUCUUGGUGGAGCGCUCUGGUGGAAGGAUCUGUUGCAAUUGGCUGAAGAAGUGGGCUUCAGCCCACCACGGCUAGUUACAGCCAGUGUCAUCACUGUCAACAACAAAGAACUGCAGGAUGUUCUGGGUGACUUCAAGUUUGUCUCUGCCACAUACCGCCUCUUCAAGGUCCCUAAAGGCAACACCAAGGCCUGUCAGGUCAUAUAUAAUGGGGACAUUACAGGAGCGGAGGACAGCUUCCAGUUUGAUUGUCAGUACUCGUUCAAGGCCGGUGAAGUGGUGGAAGUUGAUGGGGAGGUGGCCACCGUCCUGACCCAUUCCAGAUUUACGGAGGACUUCACUUUCCAGCCACCGGGAGCCCCCUGUGAGCCCUGUGGAGUCAAACCUAAGACAGGUGUUGUGGAUCCUUUCGAGCUGGUGGCUCAGCUGGAGAAACAAAGUCCAGGUUCAGCCACAGGGGGAUGCUGCAGCACACAGUCUGCUGCCUGCUGCAAAUGAUGGUGGGAAGAGCAUUGAGAAAAACAAGCCCAGCAUCAUACUGUGUAUGCCUAAUAAUAACAGUAGUUCAAAUGUACUGACUUAAUCAUGCUUAAUGCAAUGUCAUUAUUUGUGUCUUAUUGACAUUUCAAAUGAGAUUUCAGCAACUGAAAUGAAUCCUACUUACUUACACAUGAAAAUGUGUCUUACUGAUGUUCUGUGCACAUUUAUUUCAGUCAAUCUCCUCCACUGGAAAAACAGAAAAGACUGAAUUUAAUUUGUUUAAAUAAUAAUUUUGCAUAAAUAAUUUUACUUUGGCUUUGUAUCAAAGCAAAAUCCAAAUAAAUAAAUAAAUACUUCUCAUUAAAUUCAUGUUUUCCCAUUUGUCUACAGUCUUAGACAUCUGAAUUUCAUUUCCAUGCCAGUCACAUCUUAAUUAAGACUUUUCCCACCUUUGCCUUAACAAAUGACAGUCAGUCAUCAGUUGUAAUACCUCUAAUUGUAUUGAUUUGUAUACAUUGUAUGCAGCAUAGUACCAGGUUAAGCAUUAUUUUAAGCUUUGCAACAGUAUUUUAAUUAAUAUAAGCAGUAUUAUGUUAAUGUGUGUAUUUCUGUUAUAAGACAAUAAAUAUUGCCAAUCA